GACCGCCCCCUCGCCCCAACCCCGCCCCGGCCGCGGGUGUCCCGGCCUCGUUAGGCAGCUGACCGGCGGCGGCCUCGAUCCUUCCAGCAGCUCGAUGGCCUCCCCAAAGAAGCAGCUCCAGGGUCUCGUGGCUGCGACCAUCACACCGAUGACCGAGAAUGGAGAAGUCAACCUGUCCGUGGUUGGCCGGUACGUGGACUAUCUCGUGAAGGAGCAGGGCGUCAAGAACGUGUUCGUGAACGGCACGAGAGAAGGCCUGUCCCUCAGCAUCGCCGAGCGCCGCCGGCUUGCCGAGGAGUGGGUGACCCAAGGGAGGAGCAAGCUGGAGCAGGUGGUGGUUCACGUGGGGGCGCUGAGCCUGAAGGAGUCGCAGGAGCUGGCCCAGCACGCAGCGGAAAUAGGAGCCGAUGGCAUUGCCGCCAUCACACCUUUCUUCCUCAAGCCACAGAGCCGAGACGUCCUGGUCCAUUUCCUCAAGGAGGUGGCUGCGGCCGCACCCGCCCUGCCAUUCUACUACUACCACAUCCCCGCCGUGACAGGGGUGAGGAUUCGUGCGGAGGAGUUGCUGGAUGGGAUUCAGGCCCAGAUCCCCAGCUUCCAGGGGCUGAAGUUCAGUGACACUGACCUCCUGGACUUCGGGCAGUGUGUGGACCAGCACGGCCCACGCCGGCUGGCUUUCCUCUUUGGGGUGGACGAGCAGCUACUGAGUGCGCUGGUGAUGGGAGCCACUGGUGCGGUGGGCAGCACCUACAACUACCUGGGGAGAAGGACCAACAUGCUGCUGGAGGCUUUCCAGCGAGGGGAGCUGUCCUCCGCCCUCAGCCACCAGUUUUGUAUCCAGAGAUUUAUCAACUAUGUGGUUAAACUAGGUUUCGGAGUGUCACAGACCAAGGCCAUCAUGACGCUGGUCUCGGGGAUCCCCAUGGGCCCACCCCGGCUGCCCCUGCUGCGAGCCCCCAAAGAGUUCACGGAGAAGGCCGCGGCCAAGCUCAGGAGCCUGGACUUGCUCCCCGAAGCCAGCUCUCAGGAGGGAAGCUGGGAAGCCUGUGGCUAGUGUCUGACCGUGGGGUUGAGACUCCGCCCACCAUGCGGGGUUCAUUCUUCUCUCAGGGACUUUUCACAUGAACUUGAACUGACCCCGUCCUAGCACAUGGAAUCCCGUCAAUCAGUGCGUGGCGUGGGACCUACCACGAGCCUAAGUGUUCUCUUUCGUGAAGGGGCAGAACUCUUGGAGGAGUGCGGGCUCAGUCAUUGCUUGUGCAGUUUCUGUAGAGAAAUUUCUGUGGGUGAAACAGCUCCCAGCGGAAAAUCAUGAUUGAUUGAUCUACCUGCCUUAGGGAGUGCCCGUUGUCUUGAUGUCUGGAUCUUAAUCCUGUUUUAACAUUGCCUAAUUUUAAACCACUGUCAUGUACACUUAACUUUAAUAAACACUUGCUUGGAAGCUGGUGCUGUGGAAUACCAGGUAAAAGCUGCCCCCUGUGACUCCGGCAUCCCACAUGGGCAUUUAAGUCCUGGCUGCUCCACUUCCGAUCCAGCUCCCUGCUUACGCACCUGGGAAAGCAGCAGAGCAUGGCCCAGGUCCUUGGGCCCCUGCACCCACAUGGGAGACCAGGAUGAAGAUCCUGGCUCCUGGCUUCAGAUCAGCCCAGCUCCGGCCAUCGCAGGCCUUUAGGGAAUGAACCAGCAGGUGGAAGACCUCUCUCUCUCUCUCUCUCUCUCUUUCUGUAACUCUGCCUUUCAAAUAAAAGUCCUUAAAAAUCGUU